AACACGAUUUAAGCCAUCACACAUCGUAAAAUAUUUUAAUAUUUCGCCUUGAUAUAGAAUAUCACUAUAUCAGUAUGAUGUUCAAAUGUUUAAGUUUCAGUUUAUUUGUGACAGCAGUUUUAGCAGCUCAAAACACAGAUUAUAAAUUCUUAGGAUGUUUUUUGGAAGAAAACUUAUUAACUCUUGGAGAAGAGAGCCGUAUUUUAAAUCCAGUAACACCUCAAUCUUGUUCAGAUUUUUGUUCUGAAAAACAAUAUACAUUUUUUAUUCUUAAAUAUGACACCUGUUAUUGUAGCAAAAAUUACAUAUCAAGACUUAUGCGACAACUUGAUUUCGAAUGUUCAAAAAAAUGUUCAGGAGAUAGUUCAGCUUCAUGCGGAGGAGCGCCAAAUUUAGUGUCUUCGUAUAUAACGGAUAGUUCAACUAAAACAGAGGAUGCUAUGUGUACAAUUCCUUGUUCUGGUUCAUCUCAACAUACAUGUGGUGGCAAUAAUGCUAUAAACGUAUAUACCACUGGACUAGAAUGGAAAACAGAUAUAAUUGGAAAUUACUAUCUGGGAUGUUACGAGGAAAGUCAGAAUAACAGAAUAUUUAAUGGUUUUUCACGAUCCUUUAAAGUGAAUACUCCAGAAUUUUGUUCAAACUUUUGCUACAAAUUCGGAUAUACUUACUCUGGAGUUACAUAUAAAUCUGAAUGUUUUUGUGGAAGCCAAUCACCAAAUGAACCUAAGUUUCCUAGAGUGGAAGAUAAGCAAUGUAAUACUAAGUGCUCAGGUGAUGCUAAUCARUUCUGUGGUGGUGGUUGGCGAAUGGGAGUAUUUUCAACUGGAUUAAAUGAUUUUCUAGUUGAAGGUCGGCUUUUGGGUUGUUUUGUAAUGCAGGAAAACACAUUAAACAAUAUAAAAUUUGAACUUAUUAAUACUAAUACGCCUAGUAAAUGUUCUGCAAUCUGUAAUAAUGGUGGAUAUCAAUUUUCAGGAGUGUUAAGCAUUAAUUGCUACUGUGGUAAUCGUGCUCCAGAAAAUGAUCAUAAAGUAUUUGAAUCUGAUUGCGAUACACCUUGUGCGGGUGAUUCAAGUAAAACAUGUGGCGGUGAAGACAAAAUUCAAAUAUAUGAUCUCAUGAAAGUGAUAAGUAUCAACAUUUCUAAUACAAAUAGUUCAAAUGAUUUAGUGGAUGAAUUUGAUACUUUAAAUUUGGAAUCAAUUUGGAGUCAUGAUAUUUUUAUUGCACAAGAUCCAGAUUAUGAAUUUGUUGUUUACAAUAAUUCUGAAAAGAACACAUUAAUCAAAAAUGGAGAGUUAGUUAUCAAGCCUACAAUUCUGUCAGAUAAUUAUGUCAAGAAUGGUUGUUUAGUCYUGAAAGGUUGUACUAAAUAUGAAGGAUCUAAUGGAUGCUCUAUGAAUGCUUCAUCUUAUAAUAUAAUACCUCCAAUAGUUUCAUCUAGACUUACCACAAAAAAUAAUAUGUUAUUCCUUUAUGGACAACUAGAAGUAACAGCUAAAAUGCCAUCGGGAGAUUGGAUGAUACCAGAAAUAGCUUUGGUUAGUAAAACUAAUGAACAAAACAAAUUUAUAUUGGGUACAUUGUUUGGAAAUCAAGAUUUAAAAUGUAAUGGUGAAGAUGAAAGUAAUUCUGUUCUAAAAUAUGGAUUAAAAAUUGACGAACAAUAUCAUUUAAAAUCAAUUAUGAUGAAAUCRACAUUAGCUAGUCRCUGGUCAGAAGAUUAUCAUAAUUUUGUAUUGUCUUGGUCUCCUGAAAACAUUGUAUUUAAAAUUGAUGGAGAAAGUCACCAAUUAGAUGUGUCAAAUCUACCAUUGGACUUAAUAUUUGACUCUGAAUAUUAUAUAUCUAUUGGUGUGUCAGUUGGUGGCAUGACAAAUUUCCAUGAUGGAUGUUUAAGCAACGGCCACUUAAAACCAUGGAAAAACUUUGAUAUUAAGGCUAUGUUAAAUUUCUGGAAGGACAGAAAUCAC